AUGUCAAUGAUAAAUAAUGAUAGAUUAAAACCACGUGAUAUAUAUGAAUCAAAUAUUAUUGAUAAAACAACACGCAGCAUAAAUUUUAUAGCAUUAACAAAUGACACAUUUACUUUUACAAUAUUUAUCCAAUAUUUUGCAAGCGCACUUGUUUUGUGUGUAAGUACAUUUAAAUUAUUAAAUGCCAAACCAUUUAGUAGUGAAUUUUUUUCAAUGGUUAUUUAUACAACGACCAUGUUGAUACAAAUUUAUAUAUAUUGUAAUAAUGCGUCGAAAGUAACUUAUCAGAGUGAAACACUUACUUUGAGUAUUUAUGAUUCUGAAUGGACAUCAUUAUCAAUUAAUGAACGAAAAUCAUUGAUAAUAAUAAUGGCAUCAACACUUGCACCACAAGUAUACAAAAGUGGUUACAUGAUUACAUUGUCUCUUCGUGCAUUUACAAAUAUUCUUAAAACUUCGUAUUCGAUAUUUAGUAUUUUAAAAUAA